CGAUUCCCGAAGAUCUGCCUGAGCUGACACAUUUAAAGUGCUUCCAUUGAUGGCCCGAAUAGGAAACUGCUAAAAGUCUCGGUUACCUACUCCUGGACGCUGUUGCUCACCAUGCCGCAAUCAAAUACCGCGUCAAUUGAUUCACUCUGGUGUGGCGAUUGCUGCCUUGCCCACAAAGAAUGACGGUGUAGACAUAGUAGGAUGUCGCUGGCAAUCUGGGACUGAGAGCUUAUUUUGGUUCAAAUCCAAGUCAAAAUUCCAGAUGGACGGCUUUUAAUAUACAAAAAAGCAGCCGUAGAGCAUCCCUGGGCAUGCUGUGAGUGGGAUGCAAUCGCAUAUGCCGCGGAACGUUGAAGCUUUUCCUGCAACUUCCCCGCAUUCCCCAACACCAGAAACGGGACUACGGAGGCGAUGAUAUGCAGCAAGUAUCCGAACCUUGAGCUCUCAAGAUUUCCCUCCACUGACUAGAGCACUUUCCUAUUCGACGCGAAAAACUAGAUGGAAGGCUACCCAUGGACAAUCCACAGAGUCGAGGUCCGCUGUCCUUGCGGGAUCAGGUUUGGAAGCGUGAAUGAGUACCUACAGCAUAAAGAAAUCUGUACAAGACACCAAGAGGACACGAUUAUUGGAUCCAACCCUCCAAGCGCCCGCCGAAGAGCUCCUAUCGCUCCAGCUGAAGCUUCAUUCACCACUGCGUCACAAGAGCCUAGAGCCUUUUUCUCCAACCCUUCAUCUAAAAGUUCUCAUAAAGUUGGAAUUACAAGUCCAGGCUGUUCAUCGCGUAGGCAGCGCACGAAAUCGAGCUUGGCAUUAUCGUCUCCAGCCCUGAUCCAGGAUCGGACUGCAGAUGUGGGCUUCAUGCCCUCGGUAGCAGGCCAUUCCAUCUCCCCUCCACGAUCGAUGGCUAAGAUACACUGUGUGUGUGGACGUGACUUUGCAAAACAAGCAGCACUCGACAUGCAUCUACAAACUUCAAAGAUUCAUCAUGCGGGAGAACUCAAAUUAUCAACGCCGAAAGCAGUGCAACCAGCGACUCAGACUGCACAUUCACCUCUACUCCCCCAAACUACCGCACCAUUGCCCGGCACCAUUCCGCAUUCGAAUUUCUCGGUAGCUCAACUCAUCCGCUGCACCUGUGGCCAGUCGUUUGAGACCCAGCGGAUUCUUGACCUCCACAAGCGCGACUCCAUGUACCACCAACGUCAUAACAAUAACUCUUCGACUCCCCAAACACAUCAAGAGGACUCCUUGACCUCUGCUUUCUCGUCAAUAAGCCUAUACUCUGAAUCGGCUCAGAUACUUCCCGCAGCAGGCGGUCUAACCUGUGUCUGCGGUUGUAUUUUCAGCACACAAGAAGCUUUUGACCAGCAUAAUGUAGAAGUGGCGCGGUAUGUACAGUUGGGGAACAGUGAAGCAAAGAUAAAGAGAUUUGGGAACCUGCAAAUGGAAUUAUGACGGAUGUCAGCGAGGGUUAGGGGGGGUUUGGAGGGUGGUUCUGCUAGGCAAUGGAACGAUGGAGACAGAAAUGAUGGUCAGAGGUACGAAUUGUUUAAACUAUCAAAUGGACUACAUCUCAAAAGUGGGUUAGAGAGUGUGAUGAUGUCUUAACACGUUACGGCCGACGGAGACGCGAUUGGGUGGCAGUGGUGGCGAUGAAAGGCAUACUAGAAGGCUUUGUGGGGCCCGUGAAGUCUCCAAGGCAUUUCGGAGCUGUAAUCGCAGCUGUGUUUUUGGAUAAAUAAUACCUACUCAGUUGCACACAACGAUUGGUUGAGCAUAUACUCUAUGUUGAUAGCAUCCUUAGAGUGCUCCUGACACUGGGGUACCAACGCAGUGUAAAUAACACCACCCUAUGUUUUUUUAUACUGCACUCCUAGGUAAAUAGGCUAUUUAGGGCCUAUCCUAUGUUUUUUUAAUAUAAAAGAGCAGUGUUUUUUAUAUAGUAG